CCGGCCCACUAACAUGCGAAAUAACUGCGUAUUUCAAGCGUGUGGUUAUUUAACCCAGGACUAAUCUCGGUGGCUGCAUUUACCAACAAAUAGUGGCUGAACCGCACCGCCUCCCCGAUCAAUGCAGGCUGAUAUUUAACUGUUUGCUGAGCAGCUGCCAAUCUUUUACUCUCAGGGAAUUCAGCCAUUCACCGUAAAGUAGGUUCUCCCUUUUUUUUUUUAGACAAGCCAUUGUCAUUUAAAAAAAACAGUUACUUUUCUUGGAUAUGGACCUCUGCCUGACACUCCUGUUAAUUUGUCUCUGCAGUCUAGGAACUACUAAUGCUGAAGUGGCAGAAGAUCAGUCAAUCCCCCUAAUUCCUCUAAACCCCAGUCAACCCAUAGAAGAAGGUGAAAGCCAGGGGACACCGGAGCCGACAACUCUAAGCGAAACAACUGUUACUGCGACGUCCGACCUGCCGUCGGCAAACAAGACGUCGCCAGAUGAAGAAAAGGGAGACAGUUGUCAGGCUAUCAGUCGAAGACCUGACACCAAACAAACUAUCACUGCUGCAAUUCAGAGACUGGGGGUGCAGCUCUUACAAAACCUGGAGACGACACCAGAGCAGCCAAAUGUCAUCAUUUCUCCUCUAAGCAUAUCUCUGGCCCUCUCGCAACUGGCUUUAGGUGCGAAAAACGAGACGGAAGAGCUGCUGAUGUAUCACCUGCAUGAAAACACCGUGCCGUGUUACCACGAGUCUCUGCGACACGUCUUAACGCAGCUGAGAAACGGCGACGUGCAAAUUGCCACGCGCAUGUUUCUGCGUCAAGGGUUUAAGGGAAAGCAAGAGUUUGUGAGCGAGUCGCUGCGGUUUUACGACUCGGAGCCAGCAAUAGUGGAAAGCCUUCAGCAGAUAAAUGAGUGGGUAGAGAACGCAACAGAGGGGAAAAUGAUGGACUUCCUGUCUUCUUUGCCACCCAAUCUGCUUCUCAUGCUCAUCAAUGCCGUUUACUUCAAAGGGGAAUGGAAAGCUCGAUUUGACCCGAACUUCACCUCCAAAGGCGUCUUUUACCUUGAUGAUUUGCACCUGGUGGAUGUUGAUAUGAUGGACGAUGCCAAACAUCAGCUGAGUUUAUUAAUGGACAGUGAGCUGGGGGCUCAGGUGGCAAGGUUCCCAUUCACAAAGGACAUGAGUUUGCUGGUUAUCAUGCCUGAGUCGGGGAAAGUGAACGUGUCUUUACUUUCCUCGAACCUAAAUAUCUCCAACUUGUAUGAACGUCUACCCAAAGAGAGGGCUGUCCAAGUUAAAGUUCCCAAAUUCAAGCUGGAAUAUUCUCAGGAGUUGCAGGAAGUUCUUACCAAACUAGGUCUUGGGGAAAUGUUCCUGAAUCCCAAUUUGGGUGGGAUCGCAGACGGCCCCCUGCUGGUGUCCAGUGUAAUGCACAAGUCUGGCAUGGAGAUAAACGAGGACGGCGCGAGGGCUGCCGCAGCCACAACGACCAUCAUCUCAAGGGCAUCCAAUCCUAUUUUUCACCUCAGUCAGCCUUUCUUCUUUGUGCUAAUGGAUGAUGUAACCCACAUACCAAUCUUCAUGGGUGUCAUCAAUAACCCCAAUCCCGGAGCCCCUGUCCUGCAGAGGGGGGAUGUUGGAAGUAAAGAUAAAGUAGGAUUCCCAACUGACAAGAAUCACAUGGGCUCAGUUGAAUUUAAUCCUAAAUAGAGACUAAAGUCAUUUGCUUCCCACACCCCCAGGAAAACUCAAACCAGUUAGAUAAUUGCACAACCUCAGUCUGCAGUAUAACUUUUCUGAAACAAAGUAUCUUGCCCAAACUCACACACCCAGACAUGCAGGUCAACUGCUACCCUGCUACCCUGCAAUUCAAACACGCCAGUCACAUCCUGAAAAAAGCUAGAACCUCCAAUGAUGCCAAAAAAAAGUCAAGCUUUCUUUCGGCAUCAACAACAAGGAAUACAGGGACCAAAAUUCAAUU